AUGCCUCAAAACAAAAAAGAGCUCACCUCCAAAAAUUUUGAUUCUCAUUAUAUUCUUGAUGAAUCUGUAAAUACAGAGCUUAAUUUUGAGAAAGAAAAUUUAGAAAUAGAACCUCUUUUCCAAAAGCCAAUUGACCAGUACAAAGCUAUUAUUCAGGAAUAUAUCUAUAAAAAGAAGAAAGUUCCUUUACAAAAAUCUUCAAGAAAUUAUGACAAAAAUAAAAUUACUACAAAUAAAGAUCAAGACAAAAUAAUCAAGAAAGAAAGAUGUGUCAGCAUUAUGGAAAAAGCAGAAAAAUUCAUUAACAAAGUGAAGAAGAUAUUAAAAGAAAGUAAAAUCAAAGUACAAAUACCUACCGAUAUCAAAAAACCCUUGUAUACCAUGUGUAAUUACUAG